AUGCGUGAGUGUAUCAGUAUCCAUGUUGGUCAGGCUGGUGUCCAGAUCGGUAACGCCUGUUGGGAAUUGUAUUGUCUGGAACAUGGCAUCCAGCCCAAUGGCCAGAUGCCGUCUGAUAAAACCGUUGGCGGUGGUGAUGACUCUUUCAACACCUUCUUCAGCGAGACUGGAGCUGGCAAACACGUACCCAGAGCUGUAUUCGUUGACUUAGAACCUACUGUUGUAGAUGAGGUUCGUACUGGCACCUACAGACAACUCUUCCACCCUGAACAACUCAUUACAGGAAAAGAAGAUGCUGCCAACAACUAUGCUAGAGGUCACUACACUAUUGGCAAGGAAAUUGUUGAUCUGGUCUUGGACAGAAUUCGCAAACUUGCUGACCAAUGUACUGGACUGCAAGGUUUCCUUAUUUUCCACAGUUUCGGUGGUGGCACAGGCUCUGGUUUCACCUCUCUCCUCAUGGAACGACUUAGUGUUGACUAUGGCAAAAAAUCCAAACUUGAAUUUUCCAUUUACCCAGCUCCUCAAGUAGCCACUGCUGUUGUUGAGCCCUACAACUCUAUUCUCACCACUCACACAACUCUCGAGCAUUCCGAUUGUGCUUUUAUGGUUGAUAACGAAGCUAUCUAUGAUAUCUGCCGCAGAAAUUUGGACAUUGAGCGUCCUUCGUACACCAACUUGAACCGCCUCAUUGCUCAGGUAGUAAGUUCGAUCACCGCAUCUCUUCGUUUUGAUGGUGCUCUUAAUGUUGAUCUGACAGAAUUCCAGACCAACUUGGUACCCUAUCCUAGGAUCCACUUCCCACUGGCUACCUACUCACCAAUCAUCUCUGCCGAGAAAGCUUACCAUGAACAGCUCACAGUCGCCGAAGUUACGAAUGCCUGUUUUGAGCCAUCUAACCAGAUGGUGAAGUGUGAUCCACGUCAUGGCAAAUACAUGGCAUGUUGUAUGUUAUAUCGUGGUGAUGUUGUCCCUAAAGAUGUCAACGCAGCUAUUGCAGCUAUCAAGACCAAGCGUAGCAUCCAGUUUGUGGAUUGGUGUCCCACUGGUUUCAAAGUUGGUAUCAAUUACCAACCACCAACAGUUGUUCCUGGAGGCGAUUUGGCUAAAGUGCAACGUGCUGUCUGCAUGUUGAGCAACACCACAGCCAUUGCUGAAGCCUGGGCCAGAUUAGAUCACAAAUUUGAUCUCAUGUAUGCUAAACGUGCGUUUGUGCACUGGUAUGUGGGAGAAGGUAUGGAAGAAGGUGAAUUUUCUGAAGCUCGUGAAGAUUUGGCUGCCCUUGAAAAAGAUUAUGAAGAAGUUGGUAUUGAUUCAGUAGAGGCUGAGGAAGAAGAGGAAGGUGAAGAAUAUUAA